UUCUCAGGUGGUGUUAAGGUCAAGAUAUGUGGAUUUGUUCAGUACCUGAAUCUUUUUGGAGUUGCCAUUGGCUACACAAUUGCAUCAUCUAUAAGCAUGAUGGCAAUAAAGAGGUCAAAUUGUUUUUACAAGAGUGGUGGAAAAAAUCCAUGCCGUAUGAAUGCCAAUCCAUAUAUGAUAGGGUUUGGCAUAGCUGAGAUACUUUUGUCUCAAAUUCCUGGAUUUGAUCAGUUACACUGGCUCUCUCUUGUCGCUGCAGUCAUGUCCUUCACUUAUUCAUCAAUUGGUCUAGGUCUUGGCAUUGGUAAAGUUAUAGAAAAUGGAAAAAUUAGUGGAAGUCUAACUGGAAUAAGCGUUGGCACCGUGACUCAAACCCAAAAGAUAUGGAAGAGCUUCCAAGCACUCGGUGACAUUGCUUUUGCCUAUUCUUUCUCCAUGAUCCUCGUUGAAAUUCAGGACACAAUCAAAUCGCCACCAUCAGAAGCCAAGACAAUGAAGAAGGCAACUCUAAUAAGUGUUGUAGUCACAACCCUUUUCUACAUGUUCUGUGGCUGCUUUGGCUAUGCUGCUUUUGGAGACAUGUCCCCUGGAAAUCUCCUUACUGGGUUUGGCUUUUAUAACCCAUAUUGGCUGCUUGAUAUUGCCAAUGCUGCCAUAGUGAUUCACCAUGUUGGCGCAUACCGGGUCUCCUGCCAACCUCUCUAUGCUUUCAUCGAAAAAGAAGCAGCUCAAAGAUUCCCAGAUAGUGAAUUCAUUACGAAAGACAUCAAAAUCCCGAUUCCUGGUUUCCGCCCCUACAAUCUCAAUCUCUUUAGAAUGAUUUGGAGGACCCUCUUUGUGGUCCUCACCACUGUGAUUUCAAUGCUCCUUCCUUUCUUUAAUGACAUAGUUCGUUUACUUGGGGCUUUGGGAUUUUGGCCAUUGACUGUUUACUUCCCUGUGGAGAUGUAUAUUGUACAAAAGAAGAUACCAAAGUGGAGCAAAAGAUGGCUCUGCCUGCAGAUCCUAAGUGUUGCUUGCCUCAUCAUCACUAUGGCUGCCGCUGCUGGCUCUGUUGCUGGAAUUGUCGGCGAUCUCAAGUCGAUCAAACCCUUCCAGACCAGUUACUAAAUCAGUGCAAUAUCAGCAGUCAAUAAUGGCCAAUUAGAAGACAAAAGGUUUACAUUAUAAGGGAAGCUAAACCUCGAAGCUGCGAUUUACUUUGCAAGACUAAGGUCUUAAUUAGGAGGGUUAGUAGUGCUUUAUAGAAGUUUCAACUGUAACCUCUACGAUGUAUCGUGCUCGGUUACGCAAUUUCAGAUUUUUUGUUUGUUUUCCUAAGCAGGGACCAAGUUUCCUGAACCCAAGGAAUAUUGUGGGAUGUUUCUACCG